UCCAAUAUUAUGGCUCAGAUAACCAGUGAUCGUAUAGUCCAGAGUAAGCUCAGUCUCAAAGAAGUUCAAAACAAUGUCUAUUUGUCGACCUUUUUGUUGGGACGUCUACUACAACACAAAGACAAACAACUGAUCGUCGACUGUCUGACGGGCUGCCAAUGGACGGGCAAAGAGCUAUACGAAGUAUGUCUCAGUUUGGCCGACGCUUUCAUCAACGAGUUUGACCUGAAUAUCGGCGAUACGGUUUGCUUUUGGUGUCCCAAUAGUGAUGUCCACUCGAUUGCCUUUUUGGCUACCAUUGUCUCGGGCGCCACAUAUGUGGCCAUUGAUCUUAAUUAUUCAUUAAAUGACAUCCGGAGAGUCAUAAAACUAAGUUCAGCCAAAUUUCUUAUCUGUUUGUCCGACAAUUCACGUCAAGCGCUGACACUGUUGAAGGAAUCGACGACAUUAAAACACCUGUUCAUCAUCGAUGGUAAUACUGAUGAUUGUGUCUACGAACAGAUAAACUGUAAUUUUCUGAUGCAAUUCAUGCGAUAUAAGUACAAACCAGAAGCCGAUUCACUGACCAAACCGGUUCCGAUACCGGUGCCGGUAGCGGCCACUGAUAUCUGUUGUAUGCAUUUUGUCAAACAGACCCGCGACGGUGUACCCAAUCAAUUGAUACCAAUCAUCAGAACCAAUGCCAAUCUAAUUCAAUCGGCCUCACAGUUGCACGACUCGCAGAUACUGGCCCUUACGGAUGACGACUGUAUUGUUGGCCAACAUUUUGCCGACUACUUGGGUGUCGUACUAUUUUGUCAUACAUUAGUUUCGGGCACUAAAAUUGCAUUCACCAAUAGCUACUUUACCCGUCAGAAAGCACUGGGAUUUGUUGGCAAAUAUCGUAUAACGUGUGCAUCAAUUGAUUUAUCGGAAUUGCUUUAUAUGUUGCGAAACGAUGUGGAUAUUCAUAAUUAUAGUAAAUCCAGUAUUGAUUUCUCCUCAUUGACUGAUAUACUACAUACUGGUUCACCAUUGCCUCACUCGGACUGUAUCGUUGAGGAAGUGUUCAAAAAAUUGUGUCCAAAAUAUUUCAGAUCAAUCUACGGGACGCCUGAAACGGGAGUCAUAUCGUGUAAGUGGCGAGUGAUGGCCACUGAAUGUGUCUAUGUUUGUCCGACCAGUUAUUUUAGUGUCGGAUAUCCAGUUCCCGGCGUUCAGAUUAAAGUAAUACAUCCGCAAACGGAAAAGCCACGAAUGGCCAACAAAAUCGGCGAAAUUUGUGUGAAAAGCGCCCAAACUAUCGAUAAAACUCGUAAUCUAUCGGUCGUUACGCGCAACGCCUUUACGAUUGACGGCUUCUACAAGACUGGCGACGCCGGCUAUUACGACAGCGAUGGCCAGUUGUAUGUCGAGUGUAGAGUCAACGAACUGAUCUACGAGGGCCAGGAUGUGGUGAAUCCACAGAAUAUUGAGCGACUAUUCAAACAACAUUACGCCGUCAAAGAGGCUGUAGUUAUCGGUGUCGACAACACUUGUGGUGGCCAGGAAUCCGACGGACAAAUUUGCUGCGCUUUUGUCGAGUUAGCCAACAAACAUACCGUAGUUACUGGACAGACAUUGAAAGAGUUUGUGGCCACUAAGGGACGGGAAUUGAAAGGCGACGUAAUAUUUAUCGAUGAGAUACCACUUACAUACCGAUCUCAAGUAAACCGUAUGGCAUUGCGUGUGAUUUAUAAUAAUUUGCACACAUAUUCACUCAUUGAAAUGCUAUAAAAAUUUUAGCAAUUAUUUAAUUUUUAAAAAACUAUAUAUUAUAGUGUAGAUUGAAGUUUAGGGAUGCGAAUAAUAGGAG